UCGAUCACGGACAUCCAAGGGAAUGCACGUUCACUGCGAGUCUCCUUUAAAAAUCUCCAAGUUUUCCUUUUCUUUCGCUGAAGCACUUGUGUUUAGUCAGUGACACUGCGAUCAACAAUCGAAUUCACAUGUGUUAUGCGAAGUUGUAACAGUGAGAAGUUGAUUUUUAAAAUUUUGGAGUGCGAUUUUUAUCGUCGGAUUCCGAUUCGAGGAAUUUGAGGAAUUGCAAGGAGAGUUAAAAAAUGCACGGAAGCUGGGCGUCGGCGGAGCUGCAGCAGCCGGGUCUAAUGGAGGAUAAUCAUUCCCUCCAUUCGCCAACCCCGCCCGUUUGGGGCAUCACGGAUAGAAUAGCGGAAGUCUCACUCAGCGACAAGAACAACGACUCAGGGGCCUCCUCAGGUCACUACACAUUCUCGGGUUCUCCAAAAAGUGUGAGAUCCUCUUUCACUGCCACCAGCAGCCUCUCACCAGGGAGCGUAGGAUCCGGUGAUUCCCAGCCGAUGCCGGGCUGCAGCUACGAUUACAGCCCCCAGAGUGGCUUCAAAAGCAGUCCAUCACCCCUGGACUUCUCCAGACUACCCGGAAUGGACGAUCUUGCAGGUCCCUCUGGACUGCAGCAGCCUAUGGACGUUGAAGGCACGAAUGCUGGAAGUGAUGCGUCCGAGGGGGGUCAGGAGAAUCUGCAAUGCCCUGUCUGUCAGUUCGCAGCGGAAAACAGAUUACAGCUUCGUGACCACCUGACAGGCCACUGCACGAGCACUGACACCCCAGACUUCGCGCACUCGCUCUUCCCCCAGCUCUCCCCCUCGGCGAAUCCCCAGCUGAGUCCAAUGGACGACAUCAAUCGGGCAUCGACAUCAUCGGGUUCCGGGCGCUCCGAGCACGACUCCGAGGACAUCGACGAGCCCGGUGUUCGCACACCUCGAGUCAACUCCCAAGGGAAAGUGAAGACCUUCCGCUGCAAGCACUGCAGCUUCCUAGCUGUGACGAAGCUCGCCUUCUGGGAGCACUCUCGAAUCCACAUCAAGGCCGAGAGGCUCCUGACCUGCCCCAGGUGUCCCUUCGUCACCGAGUUCAAGCACCACCUCGAGUACCACAUUCGCAAUCACUUCAAGUCGAAGCCCUUCAAGUGCGACAAGUGCUCGUACUCCUGCGUCAACAAGUCCAUGCUCAACAGCCACUUGAAGUCUCACUCCAACGUCUACCAGUACAGAUGCGCCAACUGCUCGUACGCCACCAAGUACUGUCACUCAUUGAAGCUGCACCUGAGGAAGUACAAUCACCAGGCAGCGAUGGUGCUCAACGCAGACGGCACGCCCAACCCCCUGCCCAUCAUCGACGUUUAUGGAACGAGGAGGGGACCCAAGCGAAGGCCAGUGGCACCAAAGCCCGAGGCAGCUCCUGUCAGCGUCCCUCAGGGGCCCCGGAUGCUGCCCCAGUUGGGAACGCUGACCCCGAUGUCCAUCAACAACGGAUUCAACCCGAUGCUGGCCUUCAACCCCUUGAACUCCAUAUUCUCUGGUCUGCCAGUUGUCAAUGGGUUCGGUGGAGGUGAUGUGGAGAAGAUGGAGGGAGUCAAGGCUAAUAUCUUCGUUGAGUACGCCAAGGCUAUGGUUGCUGACAGGCUCAAUGCUGAUUUGCCUCAGGAUGGCCUGAAUUACGGACAUUCUGGGAAUGGGGGUUUUGGAGGCGGUGAUUAUCAGUUCGAGGGGGCCGCGGUGGCUAAUGAGGGGGAGGGGAGGAACGAGGGAAACAGCGGCUUCGGAGCCCCUCUGGACCUCAGCAAACCUGACACUUCGGCUGGUAAUAAUGGCAAUGGGGAUGCGGAGGCGCAGGGGGAGAGGAUUGAAAAUUCACCGAGGACCGGUGGGAAGAGCAGGCGCAAGGGGAAGGCUGUGAAGCUUAAUAGACAGGUUGCGGAGAGGGAGGAUGAGAGGGAGGUGGUUCAUAGUGGAGAUCAUGCAGCUGGGGUGGAGAGGGAGGAGACGGAGGGAUCGGCGGGGAGUGCCAGCGGUGGUGGCCCCUGCCAUGAGUUUAGAUGUCAGUACUGUGAGAUCACUUUUGGUAAUGAAGUCAUGUACACUGUUCACAUGGGGUAUCAUGGGUACAGCAAUCCGUUUACUUGUAACAUGUGUGGACAUCAGUGCGAGGACAAGGUGUCGUUCUUCCUGCAUAUUGCCAGGGUCAAACAUGCGUAGGGGGAGGGUGGGGGACAGUUUGAAGAGUUUUUUGGAAGGAUUGAGUUGGCAGAGAAGUGGUGAAAGAGUUUUUUUGUGGUUUAUCCAUCCAUUACUGAAUCGAGAUUAUUAUUGUAUUAUGAAAACGCAGUUUGAGCCUCGGCGGUCUAGUCAUAAGUACCGAGGGACACCUGGGAGGGUCCUGAGUACUCGGGUGCAAUUAUUACCACAAUUUUUUUUUAUUUGCUAAUUGCGGGAUUUUCUGAUGGGCCAAUUCAUGAGACCUGAAGGGGAGUGAUGGAACGGUUUAGGGGACAAUAUCGAAAAGCCGCUUUUGCAGAGAAUUAUUUCCAACAAAAAACGUCUCUUGAUAUUUUUCCGUGGAGCUACUCGUGACGGAGGUAAUUCCAUUUUUAACGAGCCGAAGAAAAUUUUGGUUUUCUCUGGUUGUGUUCCAUCACUCCGUUGUCAGGCUGAUCUACGCUUUUUAUUCCAUCAUCUUGAAAAGUAAUGAAUGCAUGGCGACUCAGAGCCUCUUUAGUCUCGACCAAAAAUGUAAAUAUUGUAUGAAUACUACUACAAAUAAGCCAUUAUUAUAUUUUUCAUCUGAAUUAUCAACAUCGAGAGGACGAAAUUCGUCUCUCUUCGGAAUUUUUACAGCAGAGGAAUCAGACGUCGGUUUUUUAUCUCUUGUAUCGAGAUUUUUUUUUUUUGAGGCAGCUCGUAACCCCUAGUUUUAGGAAUUAAUUAGUCUGGUGGAUUCACUCUGAGAAAUUCCGAAGAGAUUAUUUUACUGAAUGAGACAAAUUCUCUCGAUGUUUGUGAUGAAAAAAAAUAUUCACUGCGGUGAAGACUGAAGCUAAUAUCCGAGGGAACAUUAAUCGCUCAAAGUACAUGAGAGCAGAAUUCCAAUAAUAUUAUAAAGACAAUGCUGGAGUUGAAUGAACUCAAGAAACAAUUGAUCACCCAAUUCUUCGUGAUUCAGAAUUCCUUUUAUUGUGAUGAGAUUAUCCUCUCAAAAAUAUGAAACAAGUUGUUCAGUAUUUUUUACUCCAUUCAAUUACAGAAUUAUGGAUGAAGAUUAUUAUUAAUUAUAAGGUAUUUUUCUAAGCUCAAAAUUAAAAUUAAUCAACGAAAAAUGAUGGAUAAUUGCCUGGAGGAAUUGCCGAGUCGUGCCAUAGCAGACGACCCUUGUAAAUCUUCCUAGAAACUGAGGAAAAAUAGAGUGAUUAUAUAGAAAUAAUUGAUAUGAAUAUAUUUUUCGAAAUCAGAAAAUUUAUUCCAACGAAAUGUUGAAAGAAAGUACAGAUGGCUGUAGCUCCCCCUGAAUUAUUGAUAAAUCGAGAAGACAUCUGUGACUUAAUAUUAAAAUUAAUUCAAUUGUAAGAAUUAAAUUUUCUUCGAGCAUUCUCAAUGUUUUUCCUUUCUCAUUGCAUCAGGGAUGACUCAAGUACAAUUGAAUACUCAAUUAACGAGAGAAAAUAGUUCAAUGAAAACUAGAUACACAAAGAUAGUGAAAAAUGUAAAUUAGACGAACGUUUGCAUACGGGAGAGUUUUGUAUAAAUUACGAUAAGUUGAUAAACGAAAAGUUUGCUUUUCUGAGCCAAAAAUCAAAGAAACGUUAGAUUACGAAAUGACGAGUUGUAUUAUUCGAUUAACAAUGGAAAUAAUGAAAUGUCAUUUAGGUCUAAGAACACGGAGUCACGUAAUUUCAACAUUCCCUCUUAUGUACAGAAAUUUUCCAUACAAGAGUCAUUAUUAAAAAGUGAAAUACUUGUUAUUAAUUUUCCCACAUGCAAAAAAUAAUAUUUCCCUAUCUAAAAUUGAGAUGAUACUUGAAUGAAGAUUUUUGGAGAACAAAACUAUGAAAACAGUAAUUUCUGUUUCUUCUGUGAUUCAAUAAUUUAUUUAAUUAUAAUAUCACCAACCAUCAUUUACAGAUCUCAAUGUAUACUCUCUGAUCAUCACUCACAAGCCCUAUAACGGUGACAUAAUACUGAAACUAAUGUUGAACAGUUUUGAAUAGUCCUCAAACGCCUAUGAAUUGAACGAAUGCAGUAUGAUAAUUAUUUAUUGUUCUCUUUAACGUAUUAAACGUGCAGUAUUCACUGAGUUGCCUCUGAUGGACUCGUUGAUGCUCCCUAGUGUGUCCUCGACACUCUGCAGUGGUCCAGCCGGUCCUAGCGAGCUUAGUCGACGGUCCUAGAAUUUUUUCAAGCAAAAUUUCCACUCAUUACCUAGUUUAUUAUUUUCAAAAUAGCCAGAGGAGCAUUUGUUGGAAGAUCUAGAUCAGAAUAGAAAUCAUGAGCAUGCAAAAGUGUGAAAGAAUGAGUCGAUUGAUUUAUUAAUAAGUUAAUCACUACGAGACAGAAGAAAAAGGCAGUUAAAAAAUAUUAAUGUCAAUUAUAUAAUUUAAUUAAUUAAUAAAAAAUAAAAUUAACGAAAUAUU